AGCCUGAAAAAAGACAGAUCUGAAAUGAGGACAGGAAUCUUGAGUGUUCUAAAACCAAGUAGGACUUUGAAUACUUGUUGAGGAUGUUUUUUCCCCAAAAAUGGAGGAAGAAAAGCAAAAAGUGUAAAAAGCUGAGAGGAGGAGUAACAACCCAGUCAGCUCCGAGAAUUGCAGUGCCUUGUCAGCUUCUCUCUGAGCACACACAGGCAAAGGCAUCAGACGUGUAUGAUGAUCUUACCCCUGGUGAUGGUUUCCUGCUCCAGGAAUGACUCCUUAACGUGGAUUUUGGAGUGCUUUUUCUUUUUCUUUCUUUUUUUUUUUUUUUUUUUUUUACAAUGUGUGUUUUUUGACUCUUUGUGUUAGGUAGAUUUAUGUCAAGGAAGUAAAUUGUGAAUUCAUGGUAUUUUUGACUAUCUCCACCCCUGUUCGCUGUGUGAUAUUGGAAAAUUAGAGGUUUUAACGUUCCUUGAAGUUUUAUUGGAAGCAACACUGCAUCAGGCAAACAGAUCCACAGUGUAAGUUUUCUCUUUUUGGCAACUGUACUUGCUUUGAAUGCGCCGAAUGUCAGCUGGAUUUCACAGCAUAUCCGAUUUACAGUCUGUGUUUUAUCAAGGCCUUAAAUGUAUGUUUUAUACUCAGCAGAUGGGAAACACAUCGAGCACUGUGUUUGACAUGUAUGCCUAAGGAAAGGAGCUCCCCGAUGGAUCAUGGCGUUAAUGUUUACAGGACAUUUCUUAUUUUUACUGUUAGUGAUGUUUGCUUGCUCUACUUUUGAAGAAUCUGUGAGCAAUUCCUCUGACUGGGCAGUUUUCCCAGAUGACAGAGAUCAGCUGAAGACACAGAAAGUGCGAGAUUUCAGACCCAACCAAAAGCUGAAGAAAAGUAUGCUUCAUCCACAUUUAUAUUUUGAUGCUGGAGAGAUCCAAGCAAUGAGGCAAAAGUCUCGCACAAGCCAUUUGCAUCUUUUUAGAGCUAUCAGAAGUGCAGUGACGGUUAUGCUGUCCAACCCGACAUACUACCUACCUCCACCCAAGCAUGCUGAUUUUGCUGCCAAGUGGAAUGAAAUUUAUGGUAACAAUCUGCCCCCUUUAGCACUGUACUGUUUGUUAUGCCCGGAAGACAAAGUUGCCUUUGAAUUUGUUUUGGAAUAUAUGGACAGGAUGGUGGGCUACAAAGACUGGCUGGUGGAGAAUGCACCAGGAGAUGAGGUUCCAGUUGGCCAUUCCUUAACAGGUUUUGCCACUGCCUUUGACUUUUUAUAUAACUUAUUAGAUGAUCAUCGAAGGCAAAAAUACCUAGAAAAAAUAUGGGUUAUUACUGAGGAAAUGUAUGAGUAUUCCAAGGUCCGCUCAUGGGGCAAACAACUUCUUCAUAACCACCAAGCUACUAAUAUGAUAGCGUUACUCACUGGGGCCUUGGUGACUGGGGUAGAUAAAGGAUCUAAAGUAAAUCUGUGGAAACAGGUUGUAGUAGAUGUGAUGGAAAAGAUGAUGUUUCUGUUGAAUCAUAUUGUCGAUGGUACUUUGGAUGAAGGUGUUGCCUAUGGCAGCUACACGGCUAAGUCAGUCACACAGUAUGUUUUUCUGGCCCAGCGCCAUUUUAAUAUCAACAACUUGGAUAAUAACUGGUUAAAAAUGCACUUUUGGUUCUAUUAUGCCACGCUUUUGCCAGGCUUCCAAAGAACUGUGGGUAUAGCAGAUUCCAAUUAUAAUUGGUUUUAUGGUCCCGAGAGCCAGUUAGUAUUUUUGGAUAAGUUCGUCUUAAAGAACGGAGCUGGAAAUUGGUUAGCUCAGCAAAUCAGAAGGCACCGGCCUAAAGAUGGACCAAUGGUCCCCUCUACUGCCCAGAGGUGGAGUACUCUUCACACUGAAUACAUCUGGUAUGACCCCCAGCUCACCCCACGGCCUCCUGCGGAAUAUGGUACUGCAAAAAUGCACACGUUCCCUAACUGGGGUGUUGUCACUUACGGGGCUGGGUUGCCAAAUACACAGACCAAUACCUUUGUGUCUUUUAAAUCUGGGAAGCUAGGAGGGCGAGCUGUCUAUGACAUAGUUCACUUCCAGCCAUACUCCUGGAUUGAUGGGUGGAGAAGCUUUAACCCAGGACAUGAACAUCCAGAUCAGAACUCAUUCACUUUUGCCCCCAACGGGCAGGUAUUUGUUUCCGAAGCUCUCUAUGGACCCAAGCUGAGCCACCUUAACAACGUACUGGUGUUUGCGCCAUCACCCACAAGCCAGUGUAAUAAGCCCUGGGAAGGUCAGCUGGGAGAAUGUGCACAGUGGCUUAAGUGGACCGGCGAGGAGGCCGGUGAUGCAGCGGGGGAAAUCAUUACCGCCUCUCAACAUGAGGACAUGGUGUUCGUGAGUGGGGAAGCGGCGUCGGCUUAUUCCUCAGCGAUGAGGCUGAAAAGCGUGUAUCGGGCUUUGCUUCUCUUAAACUCUCAGACGCUGCUAGUUGUUGAUCACGUCGAGAGGCAAGAAGAUUCCCCGAUAAAAUCUGUCAGUGCCUUCUUCCAUAAUCUGGAUAUUGAUUUUAAGUACAUCCCAUAUAGGUUCAUGAACAGGUAUAACGGCGCCAUGAUGGAUGUGUGGGACGCACAUUACAAAAUGUUUUGGUUUGAUCAUCGUGGCAGUAGCCCCAUUGCUAGGAUACAGGAAGCAGAGCAAGCCGCUGAAUUUAAGAAACGGUGGACUCAGUUUGUUAAUGUUACAUUUCAGAUGGAAUCCACAAUCACAAGAAUCGUGUAUGUCUUUUAUGGGCCAUAUGUCAAUGUUUCCAGCUGCAGAUUUAUUGAUAAUUCCAAGUCUGGACUUCAGAUUUCUCUCAACGUCAAUAGUACUGAACAUGUUGUUUCCGUAGUCACUGACUACCAUAACUUGAGAACAAGGUUCGAUUACCUGGGAUUUGGCGGCUUUGCCAGUGUGGCUGAUCAGGUCCAAAUAACCCGAUUUGGUUUGGGCACUCAGGCAAUAGUGAAGCCCGUAAGACGUGACAGAGUGAUUUUUCCCUUUGGAUUUAAAUUUAAUGUAGCAGUGGGGUUGAUUUUGUGCGUCAGCUUGGUGAUCUUAACUUUUCAGUGGCGGUUUUACCUUUCUUUUAGAAAGCUAGUGCGGUGGCUCCUUACCCUGGUUAUUGCCUUGUGGUUCGUUGAGCUGGUGGAUGUGUGGAGCACUUGCGCUCAGCCCAUCUGUGCAAAGUGGGCGAGGCCGGAGGCCCAGGCGAGCGCGAAGCCUGUGCCUCCCCCAGGGCACCGCAUCGAUCUUCCUGACAUCGUCAUUACCUCACUGCCUGGCUCAGGAGCCGAAAUUCUCAAACAGCUCUUCUUCAACAGCAGUGACUUUCUCUACAUCAGGGUUCCCGCAGCCUACAUUGACAUCCCUGAAACUGACUUUGAGAUCGACUCCUUUGUGGAUGCCUGUGAAUGGAAGGCGUCGGAUGUCCACGGUGGGCAUUUCCGUUUACUCCGAGGCUGGUUGCAGUCCUUGGUCCAAGACACAAAACUCCAUUUGCAAAACAUCCAUCUGCACGAACCCAGCAGGGGUAAACUGGCCCAAUAUUUUACCACGAAUAAGGACAAAAAAAGGAAGUUGAAAAGGAGAGAGUCUUUGCCAGAACAAAGAAGCAGAAUGAAAGGCGCCUUUGAUAGAGACGCUGAAUACAUUCGGGCUCUGAGGAGACACCUGGUCCGCUACCCCAGCGCGCGGCCCGUGCUCAGCCUGAACAGUGGGAGCUGGACCUUAAAGCUGCAUUUCUUUCACGAAGUUUUAGGAGCUUCGAUGAGGGCCUUGUACGUGAUGACAACUGAGGAGCAAACUCCAGAGCCUCCAGCCAGAAACUCAGCCUUCCAGCAAGGAAUGCAAGAGAGCAUGCACCUCUGCAUUGGGACCAGGUGCCACAGAUCUAUGAUAGUAGGGUUCAUACUACUGAAGAGAGAAAGUCCUUUUCUUUCUUUCAUUGGUUUUCCUUGUAUAUUGCUGUCCACACCCCUGCUGAGGUUCACUGUAUGCAAAUUAGAAGACACUAUUUUGCUGAUUCUUGCAUAUGCCAGCUCUACUGCCCCCUACUUAUCAAACUGUAGUUAUUAUGGAUAUGCAAGAUAGGUUAUGCCAAUAUGCUGACACUGAAAACAUGUGCUGACCCUCCCAGAAGCCCUCCUCUACGAUAUUGAUAAGUAACUGUGGCCAGAGCUGGGACUUAGAGUCAGAAUUCCUAUACUCACACACUCUAUCAUAUGGUACAAAGCAUAUAUAUCGGACUUUCCAUUACCGUAUCCUCCUGCUCUCACCAGCGAUCCCAGAGGUAACGUCUAUCCUGGAUUUUGUGCUUACUAUCCCCUUGCUCUUCUUUAUAGCUCCACCACAUAUGUCUCUAUCCUUAUCAACAUAUUGUAUAUUUUUGCAUGUUUGUAUACUUUAUGUAAACAGUAACACACUGCAUAUAUUCUUGUGCAACUUGCUUUUCUUUGCUCAAAAUUUUAUCUAAUGCAUGUUGAUGUCUGUAGGUGGACAUCACUUAUUUUCAUUGUGGUAGGUUCCAAUAUAUGCUAUUAUCCGAAAUACCAUACUUUAUGUAUCUUUCAUCUUGUUGGAUUUUGGGAAUAUUUUUAAUUUUUGCAAUUUCAAACUUUAUAUAUAAAACUGUUUAUAGAUGCUGUAUAAUGCACAUAUACAAGAAUUUUGUCAUUGUGUUUUUGUUUGUACCUAGAACCUUCCCACCCAGCCGCACUCCAGCCUAGUAUAUAUAUUGAGGGCUCAAAGCACAUCCUCAACUAUUCUUGGUACCAAAUUAUUAUUUUUACAGAUUGUUUGUACAAAUUGAUACUCUAGCCAUUGUAGAAAAGUUGGUGUUGCUCCAAAAUUUCUCCUGUACUUGACAUUUUCAUACUUUUAGAUGUUUUUCUGUCUAGUGGGGUAAAAGAGUGUUACUUUUUUUUUGCAGUUCUGUUAAUAACAUAGCACACGCGUGCAGCAAGCGCACUCAUGCGCGCACGUGCACACACACACACACAGUAUUCCUUACUUUUUCCAUUUGUGUUUCUUUUGUGAAAUGAAAUCCAUGUUCAUGUCUUUUAUCCAUUUUUCCAUUGCAUUCUUUUUUUUCUCAUUGAUUCAUUGACAUUUAUAGUAUAUUAAUAAUACUAAUCCUUUUUUGGUUAUACUCGUGAAUAACUUCUUGGCUUAUAUUUUCAUGAUCUUUCUACUAUGACUUUUGUGAUAUAUUUUGAUAUGCAGGUGUUCCUAAUUUGAAUGUAAACGAAUAUGUGUUUUUCUUUACUGCUUGUACUUUGUUGCAUCUUAUUAAAGAAUCUUUCUUAAGGUCUUGGCACUGAAGAUGUUCUCCUCUAUUUUCUUCCAAGCAUUUUAAUUUUCUCAUCAUCAUCUAUUGCCGCAAAACAAUAUCACCACAAAUGUAAUGGCUCAGAACAGCACAUGUUCAUCAUCUCACAAUUUCUAUGGUCAGGAAUCCAGGCGUGGCUGAACUGCGUCCUCUGCUCUUCUAUGUGGCUGCAAUGAAGUAGCUGGGCCUGGGAUCUCCUCUGAGAAGCAUCCACUUCCAAGCUCACGUGGUUGUUGGCAAGAUGUAGUUCUUUGUGGGUUGCUGGACUAAAAGCCUCAGUUCUUUUCUGGCUGUUGGCUGGAGACCCUGAGUCACUUGCCAUGUGAGCUUCCCCAUUGGCAGGUAACUUCAUAAAAGCCAAGAUGAGAGAAUCAAUAGAGAAACUGCUAACACAUUACCAUAAUCAUGGAAGUGACACCCAGUCAACUUUGGUGAGAAGCAAGUCAGAGGUCCCCCUACACCCACACCCAAGGGAAAGGGACUUCACAGGGGCAUGAAUCCCAGGAGAUGGAAGCACGGGCUUAUUUUAGAGUGUCCCUGCCACAGAUUUUGUCUUUUAUAUUUAAAUAUUUAAUCUGCUUUAUAUUAAUUGUUAUGUCUAUUCUGAGAUUUUUUUCUCCGUAUAAAUAACCUGCUGUCCUAGACUGAAGAGAUUCAGUACCCUUUUCUUUUCCACUAAUCUUCAAUGCCGUCUUCACUACACAUCAGGUCCUUAUAUUUUGUGUGAGCUGAUUUCUGAGUUCGCUACUGUAUUCUUCUGGCAAAUUCGAUUACCCAGUGACAAAACCGCACUAUCUUAAUUACUAUAGUCAUUUUGUUAGCCUUGAAAUCUGCAAGGCUUUUUCCUUUCUUUUUCUUCAUUUCUUUAGGCUUUGUUCUUCCAUGUGCAUUUAAGAAUUAGUUUCUGUAGUGCCCCAAAGCAAACAACAGUAAAUGUUAAUGGUAAAUGCAUUACAUCAAUUUUGGGAGAAUCGACCGCUUUACAUUAAUCCCUGUUCAUAAGCAUGGUAUAUCUCUGCUUUUAUAUAGUAUUUCUUAAUCCUUUGAUAGAUUUAAGUAUGAGCACUUUAUAUAUUGUUAUUACAGUGGAUGAUAUUUAUUUUUAAUUAUAUGUUCUAACUGAUGAUAGUAUAUAGAAAAUGCAAUUGAUUUUUGUGUAUUUAUAUUGUAUCAGGGAACUUAUAAAUCCUCUUACUAAUUUAAUAAUUUACCUGUAAAUUUUUUCAAAAUACUUAUACAGAUGCUUUUGUAAUCUUCAAGUAAUGAGAAUAUAUUUCCUUCCUUUUAAUCUUAUAACUUUUUAAUGUUCUUACUGGAUUUGUUAGGACGUCCUGUAAAAUACUGAGUGAGUCUGGUAAUGUGAAUAUUCUUGUACUGUUCCUAAUGUGAAUGGAGUGCUUCUACAUUUCACCACUGAGCAAAUGAAUGGAUGCUGUGUGUAUUUCAUAGAUUCACUUUAUCAGGAUAUCGUAUUCCCUUGUACUCCCAGCUGAUAAAUGACUUUUUAUCAUCAAAGCAUGAUGAGAUUUAUUCAAUGCUUUUGCUGAAUUUAUUGUGAUAAUCUUAUGUUUCUUUGCCUUUAUCUGUUAAGGUAGUGUAUUUUGUGAAAAUUUUUUUCUUUUGAGAUUAAACCAAACUUGGCUUGCUGUGAUAAAACCAGCCUGGGAAUGAUUCAUUA